ACUUUCUAGUUCUUGCCUUUUUUUUUUAAAUGUAAGAAGUAGAAGUAAAAAGUAGGCUAAAAAUAAUUACUCAUGUAAAGUACAGAUAGCAACUCCGGGUGUGACAUCUGAUAAGGAGCAAUAAGGAAGAACCGUUUUGUUAUUGAUUAACUCCAGUAGACUUUAUCCUCAGGAAGGAAAAAAAAACAGAUCUCUUUGCUUUGGAUUUACUCGCUGGUUUCAGGUCACGUUUGUGGAGUUUCUUCUCCAGAUUGUGUUUCUCAUCAGGCCUCAGGAUGUACGAGCUUCCAGAGGAGGACAAUGAGAUCCUGUUCAGUGUGAAGUUUCUCGGUCGGGUUGAGGUGGUCCGUCCUACUGGACUUCAGAUCCUGGAAGAAGCGGCUGAGAACCUGAAG